UGCAUUUGAUCUCAACGUUGGCAUAUUAUGCAACCUAAUUUGUAAGCUGAAAUUGCAAUUACGUGGUUUGUUGGGAAGAUGGAGUAUAGCCAGGGUGGAAAAAGGUGUCACUAUAUCUACAGUAUCGACCAUCUUUUCUUGGACUUGGUUGCCUUCUGCUAUUCCUCCUAAGAUGUGCAGUGUAGCCAGUUCUAUAGGUGCUGAGCAGUAAGGUAUGUUAAGUUAGGUCCGUGCUACUGUUUUCUGCAGAGCCAGUGUAAACUAACUGCUUUCUGUGUUUUGCUUUCCUAUAGAUACCCUUCUUUUGAUUGCCAUAUCUUUCAUUAUUGAGGCCUGAGGCUGUUGCAGUAUAUAGUCAAUUGUUCCAUAUGAUAAAUAUACAUUCCUGUUUCUGGUUAUUAUGGAGACUGGUAUCCUGUCUUUCCUCAUUAACCCUGCAGUUUUAAUAUGUCAUGCUUUCCUGGGGCAAGUGUUUGUCUGUGUUCUGCUGCCAGCAGCACAUUUCCGGUCUCUGACAGGGCAGGGAGCUGAGGGUCGCCAAGUCGUUCAGAUAUCUGUGGCUCGCUACACAGGAAGCCUGUCUGCUGGUACAAUGUUCUUCUCCCAGAUGCUGGAGUGCAGAAGCCAUCACCACCACCACCACCACAGCCUGCCAGCGGAGGGAAAACACAAGGAGAUAUCUGGGGCUCCUUGACUCUCGCAGUGUUUUCCUGUUCGAAGUCACAGGAACUUAACAAACGUCUGAAAUUAGAAAUUUGUAGAGCCAAUGGAUGCAGCCUGAAGAUUUUGUAUUUAUGGACACGCAGUUUUACUAUGUGGUUGAUAAUACGUGGACCACCAUGUUUGGACAGACUGUCAGACUUCAUCCAGUUCCUAUCCAGAGCCUCUCGGAGCUCGAGAGAGCCAGACUGCAGGAAGUGGCCUUCACCCAUCUGGAAGAACGAGAGCUGGAAUGCAAGAUUAGCAUUCCCAGAGAAACUCGGAAAAGGAGGAAAUCACUGAGAAGAAAGUUUGAUUCCUUUUCCAAAGAGAAAAAAGAAAGAGAGACUGCUCCCAAGGCGUUUGGGAUCCCGCUAGCUCAAGUCAUAGCGAAUGACCGCGCCCACAAACAGAGGCAGGGUGCCCUGAAGGAGAGCAGGAGGGACUGCCUGGACCUGGAGGCCAGCGUGCUGCGCUUCCGUGCCGAGAAGAAUAACCAGUCCUUCUGCAGCCCCGACUCAGCCCCCAGCCCUUCCCAGGAGCUCAGCUGCAAGCCUCUCUCCCCCAUGUUCUUGGACAACACCUCCAGAGUGCAUCGCCGGGGAGGGCUGUCUGUGGAUUCCAUUUCCGACCUGGUGGACAGCCAAUCGCGGCUGCUGGAGGCUCUCCAGCUGUCCCACCCUAACGAGCUUGAAAGCAAGAAGGUGACAGGGCGGGCAAAUAAACUAAGCAUCAAUCCCAUCUACAGGCAGGUGCCGAAAUUAGUGGACUGCUGCUGUGAACACAUUGAGACCUACGGUUUACAAACAGUUGGGAUUUUUCGUGUUGGGAGCUCGAAGAAAAGGGUCAGAGAGCUGCGGGAGGAGUUUGAUCUGGGCAACGACGUGAUUCUGGAUGAUGAGCACAGCGUCCACGACGUGGCUGCCUUGCUGAAGGAGUUCCUGAGACACAUGCCCGACCCCCUGUUGCCUCGGGAACUGUAUCCCGCCUUCCUCCACGCCAACACCCUGAAGGGAGACGAGCAGCUGGAAAUCCUGCAGCAGCUGAUCUACCUGUUGCCCCCGUGUAACUGCGACACCUUGCAGCGGCUCCUGCAGCUCCUGCACACCGUCCAGAGCUACGCGGAGGACACCGUCGGCCCUGACGGAGAGCUGGUUCCUGGGAAUAAGAUGACAGCCACUAACCUGGCAGUCAUUUUUGGACCCAACCUCCUCCAGAGGGAGAAGGCUGCUGAAAAGGACCAUAGCCUCCAGAUGGUGGACAUAGAGGACAGUGCCACCAUCAUCACCAUCACCCUCAGGCUGAUAGAAAGCUACAGAACCUUGUUUACUGUUUCUGCUGCUAUGCAACAGGAGGUCCUGAUGGGUCUGCUACAGACAGACCCUGAUGUGAUUGAUUACCUCCUGCGCAGGAAACUGAGGGGUUUGGAUGCAGCCAGCCAAUCAGAUUCUUCUGCAAGACACUGCUCUUCCAAGACAUCCCACGAUUCCACCACACUGUCAAGUGAAGAUUACUCCCCCCAGGAUACAUCUUCUGUCAUUUUGGAUUUGGAUGACAGCAGCCUGAGCAACGAGGUCUUCUUCAGCUUCUUGAGUCUCAACCAGCAAAGGCAACGCCCCUCUGAAAAGAGCCCCAGAAAACCGAUGAACCAGACAAGACAGUUUCAUUCGUACCACAACCUCUCCAGUCUGUCCGAUUCUUCCUUUGGAAGCCGGCUGGAAGACUGGGAGACGUUCGAACUCAAGAAUGAGCGUCGCUUUCUCAGGCAUAAGAAGCAGACCUCCCACACAACCUCCUGUCAGAGGGGGAGCCCGACUGGUAGUUCCGAGAGCCAGCCAGCAUCUGAUUUCGUGAGCCCCAGUGACAACGUCUGCUUUUCACCUCUCAACUACAGCCAGGUCACGAGAAACAGCCCCAGCCCCAGCCCCAGCUCCCCCAUCCAAAUUCUCCAGCACCCCUCCCUGGGAGAUAAAGUGUUCAUGAAGCAAGACACUCCAAGCACGCCUGACGGAAAAUCACAGGGUAGUCCCACAAGCUUCUGGGACUGUUUUACGGGAAAUAUCUCCGGUUCAGAAACAAUUGUAUGAACUCCAAGACUAUUGUCUGCCAGCUCCACAGGAAUAACCUGAGAGUGGCGAUCUGAGUAUGACAUGAGGCAGCUGGGUUCACAAUCCGGCAGUCUGAGGCCCUCCAACAAAACAAAACAAAACAUGGGUUCACCUGAGAUUGUAGAUUAUCUUCCUAAAUCAGGCAGCUGCUUUUGCGUUUUUCUUCCUGCAGAGUAGUCUAACAAUCUGCUGCUCAUGAAGCAUUGGUUGGAUACAAUACCUGUAAGAUAUUGGGGAUUGUGCUAUUAUUGGACUCCAUUUUACUGAAAAAAAAAUAGUAGAGAUUAAAAAAAAAAUGCACCAAACACUGAAGAUGUACUUGUGUAAGUAGAAUUCCUGAAUGUUGGAAUACAGAAAACCAUUCCCAUUUUGGAGGUCUUCUUUUCAUAGUGCUCAGUAUGUACUAUUACUUGUUGCAUCUGGACUUAUUAAAACACUGCUCCCAUUUUAGAGUGAUGCUGGGAUUUUCACUGAAGCCAUUCAUUAGCCAGCAGCUGUCCCUGCUUCAGUUAUGGAUAUUAGCUGCAACUAUAUACUGCACUUUUGAGACUUCUGUCCAGUUCCAUUUAAAGACUGUACAUGAAGAAAAGCACUUAGAGGAACCAUAUUCUGAGAUGGAAGUUCUCCAGCACAAAACCUGUGGAACUUCUUUCUCUUCGAACAAUAGACUUGAUUGAUUAACUGCAUGAUUUAAGGAAGGUUUUGUUGUUGUUUUUUUUUUCAUUUAACAGAGUAAUGAAAUAACUUUUAAUAUGUUUAACAUGAUUUGCGUUGUUUAUUAAAGCAAAACGGUGGUUUUCAAUGUGCAAGAUGUUUUACAGUAUAUACAACAUGAUACACAUUUAUGAA